AUGUCGACAUUGAUAGCAUCGUCGUCUGUCGUGCCGGGCAGUGUCGCGUGUACGAGUUUGUGCGUGUCCUCCUACACACGCGGAUGUAGCGCCACGGACUUGGAUCUGGCCACGAGCUCGCUCUCGUCUACGUGUGUGACGAUUGUUCCUCUUACCUCGGUGGACCGUGUGCGACUGCUCUCUGGAAUCUACGGCCCGUUUCGACCACCCAAGCCGAGCGUUGUGCCGCUAUGGGUGGCGAUUCACCUCAAGAAACGCAAAAAAGCGGUUAUCGUCAGCCCGCUCUGGCUCACCAUCGACUCGCUCACCGAUACACUCAAGUACGAAACGACACAAGCCAACUUCUCCCCCCUACCACCCUACUGGAUCGGCAUCUCGCACUUGCUACUCACCCACGCCGCUGACGAUCUCCCCCACUCAAACCGCAUCCGAUCGCUGCUCAAAGAUAUCCUCGAUGCUCGUCAGAGCAAGAUCAUCUCAGGUGUAUCCAUGCUCAACUCGGUGCAUUUACAAAUGUCCAAUAUCUCAACACACGAAAUCGCCCAACUCAGAGGCUUUUUCACUACCGCCUUUUCGCAUCUCAAAGCCUUAAGAACCACCUCCGAGGUAGAAGCAGAGUCGAAACUCCAGUCGCAACUCGACGCUCGCAAUACAUGGCUGCUGCAACCCCCCCUCCCAGACUCGUUCCACCAUCACCCCCUUCACCCUGCACAUUCCAUCUCCUCCUUCCCAAAUCACAUCCCCUCCACCACUCCUAACCCCAUACAUUCAUCAGCUACCACCCCAUCUCGCCUCCCCCGACAAUCCAACUUGUCCGAUUCACGCCACCACUCUGCCUCCAUCCCCCACUCGGAUUCUCCCACCUUGAUUCACCCACCCAGGUUCGCAGUCGACGAAAACGACAACGACUAG